UGUCAUUCAUUCUUUUGACUUUGAAAGUGAAGGAAUUUUGACGUGUUUUGCACUUUACCAUGACAUAUAAACGAAAAAAAUACCACCACGGUGACACUCAUCUAAAAAAGCGAUGGAGAUUGAGAAAUAGAAAGAAGGAUCUUGAUGAAAUCGAUAGCGAUUUAAAGGAGGAAAAUGCUGAAAAAUUACUAAAUCAAAACGUCGAUUUGGAUUUACCUGGUGCUGCUCAGCAUUAUUGUCUUCAUUGUGCACGUUAUUUCAUUGAUGAACAAGCAUUAUCUGAACAUUUUAAAACAAAAGUACACAAGAGAAGAUUGAAAGCAUUAGAGCUAGAGCCAUAUAGCAUAGAAGAAUCGGAACGCGCCGCUGGUCACGGUAGUUUUAAGUUUGCUAGUAAAAGAAAAAUAGUUACACAAAAUAAUAACACAGAUGUAAUAGACAAGGAUGGUGAUGUUGUGUUAGACGACAGUACAGCAAGUAAGAAAAAGAAAAUCGACGAAGAUGAUACGUAAGACAAUUCUAAGCAAUUUAUUAAAAUUAAGAGACUACAAUCUACUAAAUGUUAGAUAUUCAGCUCUAUUCAUAAAUGGACCAAAAGCUACUGAUACAUUUGUUUAUAUCACCCCACAUGUCGAUUUUCCCGAGA